AUUAAAUUAAAGACUGUGCGACCUAUAGGGGUAAAAAUUCUCUAAAAAAGUGUGAAUUUUUUUCUAUUUUUGCAAUUGUGAGUUGAAAAUUGCCACCAUGUGGCACUACACUUCAAAACGAGAGAACUUCCUAUCAUAACCUCAAAUGUCUUAAAAGUUUACAUGUGACGCAGCGUUAACAUUAACCUUUUUCAUCAAGCUAUGUUGAGUACUUUUUUUUUACACAAUUAGUUAAAAGAAUUUUUUUGAUGAAAAAAUGAAUACUAUUCGAAUAGUGAUGUUGCCCGUGUUGAGAAGAGUGUUGUCACCUAGUAAUAAUCGAACUACAAAACAAUUUGUACAAAAUUCAAUUUUAGUAUCGCAAAUAAUCAAUGUACCUCAGAGAAUUUCUUGUUAUUAUUGCACUAAAUCAUCGACAAGCUUGCAAAGUCGAAUAGACAAAGAUUUACUUGCCCGUGAAAAGUUGGAAAAAUAUUUGGAAAAUCCUGAAAAUAAAAAACAAUAUCAAAUGAUUCAAUUAGAAAUAGAAGUCAUGCGACAAAACGGUGAGAGUGUACCAAGUCAUAUAAAAGACCGGCAAAUGUUAGAGCUCACUUUAUUAGAUUCUCGAAGUAAAAGAAAGAGAUAUUUAGACUUUUUAUUUGGCAUUGAGAAAAAAAAAGAAAAUCGGAAAAUGAAAAUUAAAGAAGCUGAGCUUCCACAGGAACAAAGUAAUAUACCGAAUUAUCUACAGUAUAAACUUGGAUGUAAUUCACCUUUUUUACGAUACCGUGAAACCAACAUAAAUAAACUUUAUAAUUGGAAUCUUAUGAAAGCUAUGAUGUAUGGUCAAAAAGUUAUUAUGGAUUGUGGCUUUGAAGAGAACAUGAAAAGAGCAGAAGUUAAAAAUUGUGCUAGACAAUUAAUGCUGGCCUUUGCUACAAAUCGUGUACAUCCGAAUCCUUUGGAUAUUACAUUUUGUAAUAUCAACAAAAAUGGUUUGUUAUAUGAAGAGUUGUUGAGUUAUAUACCAACCAUGAACGAUUCUAAUUUUCCAUUGACUGUAAGUGAACAAUCAUAUUUAGAUUUAUUUGAUCGUGACAAAUUAGUAUAUCUGACACCAGAUAGUAAUGAUACAUUGGAACGUUAUGAUUAUGAUUCGAUAUACAUUAUUGGUGCACUCGUUGAUAAGGUAUCUGGCCGAUCAGAUACAUUAGCUAAAGCUAAACGAGAACGUAUUCGUCACGCCAAAUUACCCAUUGAUAAAUAUCUACGUUUUGGUGCUGGUGCGAGAAAAAGUUUGACGUUAAAUCAAAUGAUAGCAAUACUUGCUGACAUACAACACACUCAAGAUUGGACUUAUGCAUUUAGACAUAUACCAAAAAGAAAAUUGUAUGAAUAUAAGUUGAAAGAUAUGGAAAAUCGGAUAAAGGAAUUUUGCGCUGAAAAUAAAUACACAUCGUUUUCAGUGUAUGGUAAAAAAGAAAUAAAUGAGUUUGACAUAAAAUCAAGAAAAAAAUUUAGAUAUAAAAAAUAAGUAUCACUGAUAGCAAAGACGUAAUAAUAACA